CAGGGUUUAGAAAAAUGAAAAACCACCCCUGAACAAUCCAACCAUGACCCGGGGUGUGCGCAGUUACAUUGAGUUCGUUAUCCCAUGCCAACAUAGAGACCAAUAGAGACAAAGGGAUGUAAGGGAUGUAGACUGUCUACAAAAAAAAAAUAAUAUUCAUCGCAUCAGCUGAGCACAAAACAUCCCUCAAUUAAAUCAUUUCAAAAUCCUCCUCAUUUUCAUCAUCAAUCAACAAGCAUCUUUAAAAUAAUUACAACGAAAAUUCUAAAAUAAAUUAAAAUAAAAAAACAAUUGUUUUACUAUUGAAGAAAAAAAAAUAUAGCGAGCCAAUUGUUCAUUAAUCAAUGUGUUCAGUAAUAAAUAAUAAUACUAUCAAGUGAUAUAAAAAAAAAGUGUUAUGUAUUAUUUAAAUGCUUCCAAAAUAUUACGAAAUUAAAUUAAAAUAAGAGAAGGGGCAUAAACACUCUUGACGAAUUUUGCUUUCAAUUUAAUUCAUAGUAAAUUACAAAGUUGUUCAACAAACACCUGGAUUAUUUUAUUGUGUUUAAUCACAGUGUGACUUUGUGUGAUAAAUAAAAUAUUAUUUGCAUUAUUAUAAAUUAAUGUGAUAUAUAUUUUUAUUUAUUUUAUUAAUUUUUUUUUAAAUAAAAUUUAUUGAACAAUUUAAAUUCAGUGACACAAUAAAAAAAUGUAAGAGUUACGUGUUUGCAACAAGAAGGACGUACAUGACCAAAUAACAAAUUGAAAUUGCGCUUAAAUUGAUUAAUUUAUAUAGCUUCGAUUGAAAAAAUAUAAAAACAAUUGAUCAGUGGUUUUUGUUAAUUUUUUUCAAGUGAAUUUUUUAUUUUUUUUUUUAUUUUUAUGUUGAUGCUAGAUUGAAAAUAUAUUUAAAUAAUUUUUUUUUAAUUUAUAGAUGUUACCUAUUUAAGAGCUAAUAAUUAUAGCAAUGUGUGAUUAGCCAAGAAAAAAUAUGAAUCAACAUUUAGCUUUGUUUUAUCGUGCUUGACCCGAAUAAACUUUAUUACUAAGUCAAUCUCAAUCGCACUGAGACAUGCAAUUUCUUAUCAAAAAAAUUUAAAAUAAUGUAAAAAGUGUUCAAAUAAUCAUGCAUUUAAUAGCUAAUAAUCAAUCAAAUACUUAAAUUUAUUAUUUUAUAAAUUGAUCUAUUUUAAAAAACAUUAUUUGCGCCUGAAAAAAAAUAAUACAUUUUUUCUUCAAUGAAAAAGAAAAAAACAGUGAUAAAAAAUUGAUAAACAAUUUGUUUUUUUUUGAUUAAAUAAUUCAAUUUUAAAAAGAUAACACAACGGCGUCAAUAUUUUUCUUACACUUGGAUCUCGUAGGGCCGCUAAGGCUGUGACCAUAACCAGUUCAAAUAAAAAUAUCACUCUCAAAGAAAAAAUGAGAAGUGCAAGUUCAAGUGGACUUGGACUUGGUGUUGGUGUUGCUGGUGGACCAACACUUGCAGCAACUCAACAGGGUCAAGGUGUUGCUGCAUUAUUAGUUAUGCUUGCUGUAUUAUGUUUUAUAUUUGCCUAUUGUUGUUGGGGUGGACCAUUUAUACGUUCAUUAUGCCGUCGUCAUUGUUGUUGUCAUCUUGAAGAUGAUGAAAAUGAAUCACGUUUUGGUAGUAGUGAACAAACAAUUGGUACAGCACCAACAAUUAUAUUACUUCCACAUGGAAGAAUGCUUGUUGUUGAUGGAACAAUAUUUACACAAUUUCAAGCUGAUACAACUGGUCUUGAUCUUGUUGAAUUAGGUGAAAAUGUAUUACGUGCACAAAGAAGUCCAAGAUGUUUACAUCGUCAUCAAUUACAAAACAGUGAAGGAAGUAUAUUAGAAAUGGAUGUUGAAACACCAAGUAAAGAUAGUCUAGGAUCAAUUGGUGGUUUUCCACCACCAGCAUAUGAAAGUAUAUAUGGUAAAGAUGAAGAUGACAUGCCACCAUCAUACUCUGACAUUCUUCUUCACAGAUUUACAAAUUUACCAUAUGAAAUUGGUAUACAUGCAAACAGCAAAGAUGACAUCGAAAUGCACAGUCUUGAAAGUUGUCCACAUAUCAUUAAUAAUCCAAUAAAUGGUAUUCCAUAUCAUCCAUAUGCAACAAUAACAUCAUAUCCAAGUCAAAGUUAUCCACGAAGAAAUUUAACACGUAAUUCAUCAUUAAUUAAUAAUCAAAUUGGUGAUUAUUAUAUUGACAAUGAAAUUGGACGUGUUUAUGCUAUCACUAGUAAUAAUAUCACAAAUAAUAAUCGUACAAGAUCUGAUGAAUUACAAUUAAAUAGUAAUUAUAAUAUUAAUAAUAAUAGCCAUAAUGUAAUAACACGUUUGUCAUUAAAUGAAUUAGGUAUUAAUGAUAGAAUAUUAAAUAAUGAUAAUCAAAGAAUACGUGUUGUUGAUGCAACAAUUAACAGAUCAAUCAAUGAAAUUAUAAAUGCUGAUGAUGUUAGAGACAGAAGACAUUUACAAUUUCAUCAGGCAAUUGAACGUAAUGCUCAUGAUGAUGAUGGUGAUGUUGUUGAUGCUGUUGUUGGGGCAACAGGUGAUGUUGUUGAUGAUGAUAUUGGUGGAAGAAUAUCACGUCAAGCUAUGAGACAAGAUGACAAUGAUGAUAAUGAUUUUGGUGCACUUGCUGAUAUUCGUGAGAGUAGAGUUUAAAGCAUAAAUAUUUUAGUUUAAUAUUUCGAUGAAAUAUAACAUCUAUACUUUUAGGAAUUGUCAUUAGAAAUUAAUGAUUAAAUGAAGAAUUGAAUGAGUAGAAAAUAUGCAAACACGUCUGUGACUAAAACAUACAAAAUUACUAUCACGAAAAAUUAUAGAUUAUUUUAUUUUUUUACUGUUUUUUGGUAUUUUGAAUUAUCAACAGCUGCUGUAUUUUUAGCUGUUUAUAUUUUUGUUGAUAAUCAAAAAAAUAUGCACAUUAAUUUAAACUAAAUAAUUGUAAAUUAUUUAGUAAGAUAAUUUUAAGAAAAAAUUGUAAAUAGAUAAUGUGAUAAUUAAACAAACUUUUAACGUGCACUUUAAUUAUUAUUUUACUUUUUUUUUUUUUUUUCAAGUAAAAUAAUAAAUGCAAUGUGCAAAAAAUGAUUGAAAAUAUUUAUGAUAUAUUUUUAUAUGCAAUUGCAUAAAUGUCAAUGUUUAAAUUAUAAUUGUUGUGAAUGUAAAAGGUAAAAAUUAAAGAAAAAAAAAAUAUAAUAACAUAAGCUAAA